CAGACCGAACAGUGCGGUAGCCGGGGUUGUGACCGGCCAAAUCAACCUGUAAAUAGUUCUAACUGAUACGGCUGGCACACUUUAGUGUACACUUCAGUGUACAUUUAUGUAGAUAUUUCUUUAAAAGAAGGAAAAUAAAAAAGUGAAAUGCUGUUUUUCAUUAUACUUUUCUCAUAUUUACAGCAACUAAUAUCCUUAUAGAAUGACUUGUAUAGCUGUCUGUAACAACCGAUUAAACUGUGAGAGGAGCCGGUGCACCUACAUUCAAUAAGGUACUACACGCAAUUUUUAUCCUAUCCUUUGGAAUAUAAUAAUCAGUUGUCAUCAUGGUGAUCAUGACGGAGAGCAGCCCGGGGGCCCAGCCCAACCAUACCCAGGGAAGGCCUCUCCAGGUCGGCUUCUAUGAGAUCAUCAGCACGCUGGGGAAAGGAAACUUUGCCGUGGUCAAACUGGCAAGGCACAAAGUCACCAAAACACAGGUGGCCAUAAAGAUCAUUGACAAGACAAGACUAAACCCAUCCAACCUGGAGAAGAUCUACAGGGAGGUCCAGAUCAUGAAGCUGCUUAACCACCCCCAUAUCAUCAAACUCUACCAGGUAAUGGAGACUAAAGAUAUGCUGUACAUUGUGACAGAAUACGCCAAAAAUGGAGAGAUGUUCGACUACUUGACCUCAAACGGGCGCAUGAGCGAGGACGAGGCGCGGAAGAAGUUCGGGCAGAUUCUGACGGCAGUGGAUUACUGCCACAGACACCACAUCGUUCACAGAGACCUCAAAACUGAGAAUCUACUGCUGGAUGCCAACAUGAACAUCAAACUGGCCGACUUUGGAUUCGGUAACUUCUACAAUGCAGGCGAGCCCCUGUCUACGUGGUGCGGCAGCCCCCCCUACGCAGCACCCGAGGUGUUCGAGGGGAAGGAGUACGAAGGGCCACAGUUGGAUAUCUGGAGUCUGGGUGUGGUUCUGUACGUUCUCGUGUGCGGUUCCCUUCCGUUCGACGGGCCCAGCCUCCCUGCCCUCAGACAGAGAGUCACAGAGGGGCGCUUCAGAAUCCCAUUCUUCAUGUCUCAAGACUGUGAGAACCUGAUCCGUAGGAUGCUGGUGGUAGACCCAGCUAAGAGGAUCAGUGUGGCCCAGAUCAAGCAGCACCGCUGGAUGCUGGCUGACCCCACAGCUCUUCACCAGACCCUCAGCAUGGCCCUUCCCCUCACAGACUACAACUCUAACCUGGGGGACUACAGCGAGCCUGUCCUGGGCAUCAUGCAAACCCUGGGCAUUGACCGCCAGAGGACCAUUGAGUCUCUGCAGAGCAGCAGCUACAACCACUUCUCAGCCAUCUACUACUUGCUGUUGGAGAGGAUCAGGGAGCAACGAGCCCAGCAGCUCAGCCGUCAGUGUGGGCCCUGGAACCAGAGACCCAGGAGCACCUCUGACUCCGGUACCCCAGAGGUCAUCAUGGAGGACAGCUUCAGACCUUCAGCCUACCCCAUUCAAUGCAAGAGCACCCCUCCCAUGCACGCGGAGAUGGAAUAUGACCAAGGUGCAUUGUUCCAACGUGUGGUGUUCCCGGUGGAAGCCAGUCUGAACCGACUGCUGUGUAACCGCUCCAUCUCCCCCAACAGCCUGGUGGAGACCAGCAUCAGUGAGGAGGUGCGGCCCCGCGACCUGGAGGAGGAGGUCACACACACCUGCUCGGCCCUCGUCCUGCCCACCACCACCUCCCGGCGACACACCCUGGCCGAGGUCUCUGCUCGCUUCCACCAGUGCAACCCCCCCUGCAUCGUUGUCAGCCCCUCCGAUGGUGCGUCGUCUGACAGCUGUCUGAGGUCCUCGUCCACCCCCAACCCCGCUCUGCACCCCUCUCUGCACCCCGCUGUGGGUGGCCUGUCGGCCGUGCUGGCCUUUGGGACUGACCCCGGGGCACUGGUCCCCGCCAAUAGCCCACCGGCCCUCUCCUGUCACCUCCUCCCCCAGGCUCAGGCUGCCAGCUUCCAAGAGGGCCGCAGAGCCUCCGACACCUCCCUCACACAAGGUCUGAAAGCCUUCCGCCAACAGCUGAGGAAGAACACGCGUACUAAAGGCCUUCUGGGUCUGAAUAAGAUCAAAGGUCUGGCGAGGCAGGUCUGCCCUCCGACCUCCGACCGCAGUAGCCGUGGCAGCCGGGGAUCAAUAGGCCCCACCAUCAGUGAGCACCGCAGCAUGCUGGAGGAAGUUCUGCACCAGCAAAGGAUGCUCCAGAUCCAGCACCAGCCCCAGCCUCAGCCUCCUUGGCCAGCACCUACCCAGAAUCCCCCGCUCUUCCUGUCCCAGCAGCAGCCCUCCUCCCCCACCUCAGUCUUCGCCVCCCCCUCCACCCUGUUCGACACGCCCGCCCCCUCCCUCCUCCAGGGGGAACCCCAACACCCCCUGCCCUCCCACCAGAGCCCCCUGGCUCUCCAGCAUGCCUUCUGGCAGCAGCCUCUGGAGUUAUCUUCCCCCUCCUAUGGCUCCUCUUCUUCCUGCUCCUCCUCUUCCUCCUGCUCCUCCUCUUCCUCCCUCUCCCCCGUGGGUACUGCUGCUUACCUCCUCGAGGCUCGACUGCACAUAAGCCAGCAGUCCAGCCUCUACCUCGAGACCAACCUCCACCCCCAGACCAACCCCCACUACCAAGCCCAGGACCAGAUCCAGGCUUUCACCAAGGGCCCCUUCCCCCUCAUGCCCAUGCAGGGGAUGUGGAGUCUGGAUUCAGCCUCCGGGAGAGAGUCUGAGAUGCAGGAGCUGGGCCGCGGUGGACAGCAGCAGCUGAGAAGCUGUGUGAUGGUGAAGUAAUGGAGGGAAAGAAAGGAGAAGCAGAAAACAACAACUUCUUAUUGGACCAGAGUGAUUGUUCUGCAUGACAACCAGAGGACAAAAUGUCAUGGUGAUGUCAUCACUGAUGGACAGGAAGGGUAAGCGCUUUUUGACAGUGGGAACAGAACUUUGAGACGUGGAGUUUCUCACAGAACAUCAGAUGUUGAGCAGAAGGUGAUAGGACGACAGAACAGAUCCUCUAAAAGUGUGAAAAGAAAGAGAACAAUUGGGUAGAAAAACUGAGCAAAGAGGAGAUAGAUUU